ACAAAAACAUCCUCCUAUUUGGUCAUUCCAUCUUUCAUUGUUAAAUUCUGUGACUGAUUCGAGCUGUCAGGACGUAUCAACUUAUUUUUUGACGUUCCCUUAUCUCCCCUUAUCUAGAUAUGUAUAUAUUCUACUAUAAUAAAGUAAAUCGAAGCUUUAUAAAGGUGGUAGUUCUAAUUCGGAGCAUUGUUAGUGCGCGACAGUUCGCCGGCAGUAGUUCGUAUUCCGCUUCGUUUUAGUUUAUUCUUCGUAGUUUUUAAAUGAGUAAUAUAGUAAGUCAAGCGUAAAUAAUAAUAAUAAUAAUAAUAAGAAGAAGAAGAAGAAAAAGGAAAAGAAGAAGAUAAAAGAGUAUCAUAAGUAUCCAAAUCGUACGAUUUAAAAUUAUAAAAAGAGGAAGAAGAAGAAGAAAAAGAAAUAGGAGAAAGAAAAAAAAUAGAAAGGCAAAAGGGAAGUAACGAACGGAAAAAUCUGUGAAGCACCGCCCUUCGUUGUAAAAGUAAUGGCCCCAUCAAGCUUCGAGUUGAUCCUCGUUGGUUUCAUCCUAUUGUUGCCUUUUCUUUAUGAAACAAGCCGGACUUUUCGUUAUUACUUCAAGUUUAUCGUGUAUUAUGGCAUUGUAACUUUCGCCGCCACGAUAUUGAUACCGAUUUUUCUUCUACGACCAAGGAGUCUAAAAAAUCUCGUAUUAUCAUCAUACCUGUGCAAUCACAUUAGUUUUUUAUUGGGAUUACGUUGGGAACUUAGAGGAAGAGAACAUUUAGAUCAAGAUGUAGCAUGCAUUAUAGUAGCUAAUCAUCAAAGUUCCUUAGAUCUUUUGGGGAUGUUUUAUUUAUGGCCGAUAAUGGAUAGAUGUACAGCAGUUGCUAAAAAAGAAGUCUUUUAUGCUUGGCCUUUUGGUCUUGCCGCUUGGCUAUCUGGAUUAAUAUUCAUAGACAGAUUAAAUUCAGAAAAAGCCCGUUCUGUUAUUAAUACAGCAUCUAAGCAAUCAAAAGAUAAAAAGUUCAAAUUGUGGAUAUUUCCAGAAGGUACACGUCACAAUACUGGAGAAAUUCAUCCGUUUAAGAAAGGUGCCUUUUAUGCUGCAAUCAAUGCUCAGUUACCUAUAUUACCAGUAGUAUUUUCAUCUUAUUAUUUUUUGUCUAACGAUGAGAAGAGAUUUGAUUCAGGUCACGUAGUUAUAACAACACUACCACUUAUAUCUACAAAGGGAUUAACUAAAGAUGAUGUAGAAUCAUUGAUGGAAAAAACAAGAAAUGUAAUGAGCAAAGCCUUUCAUGCAUCUAGUACAGAAAUACAACGUGCACUUCCUUCUUCUAGAUCAUACAUAGAAUGAUCAUUUCUUGAAGACUCAAUUGACAGUUUUAUUUCGAUCGAAUUUCUAAAUGGAAACCAAAGACAUCUGUAUCCUUUUUGUCUGCAUCAAAUAUUAAUCGAAUAUAUUUAUUUUCAUUACAUUUAUGAACAAGCAUCGAUCAUACAAGCAUUUCGUCUUAAUUCCUGAUAAAGGUAUUAUGUGUUAAUUUAUUUUGUAUUAUUCCGUAUGGUUUAUGUUAUACACACGUACAUACAUAAAGCAUAUACUUUUUCUAUUUUUUCUCAUUUGCAAGUUCAGCAAAAAAAUUAAAUAUAUAU